ACCCUAACAUCUGUUUCUGUGUAGACGCUCAGAGUUCUGCUGCUCACGUCUUGAUAAACUUGGUUGCUACGUCAUUUCCUGUAUUUGGCGCGUCGCUAGUUUGCGGAAGCAAGCGAUAGAAUAAUAGUAAUGAGCAGCGGAGACAGCAAUCCUGCAGCCACCCCCACCCCCUGUGAGGACAUACACGGUGAUGGACGAUGGAUAUCACUGCACAAUCGUUUUGUGUCUGACAGUAAAGGAAAGGAACCGGACGUGCUCUUUGUUGGAGACUCUCUUGUCCAACUUAUGCAUGAGUUUGAGGUGUGGAGAAAGCUCUUCUCCCCACUCCAUUCUCUGAAUUUUGGGAUUGGUGGUGAUGCAACACAGCAUGUCCUGUGGAGACUCACUAAUGGAGAACUGGACCAAAUCUGCCCCAAGGUGGUAGUGUUGUGGGUGGGCACGAAUAAUCACGGUCACACCCCUGAGCAGAUCUGUGGAGGCAUCGUGGCCAUUGCUAACGUGAUCAACAAUCACCUUCCUCAAACUCACGUUCUUGUACUGGGUGUUUUGCCGAGAGGGAAGAGUCCGAACCCACUACGUGAGCGUAACGCACAAGUGAACACCUUGGUGCAGGCUGAGCUGGCAUCUCUCUCCUAUGCCUCCUUUCUGGACGUGGAUCCUGGUUUCGUUCAGUCAGAUGGCUCCAUAUCUCAUCAGGACCUAUACGAUUAUCUCCACCUAACAGCACAAGCCUAUCAGAAAGUGUGCCAGCCGAUUUACACACGCAUUAAAGCUCUGCUAGGUACACACGCACCUUGAGUGCACAAAAGCAAAUAAGUCUUCAUACAUUAUUGUAGACAUGUAUCCUACAUAAAGAAAUUAUCAACGGCAAAAUACAUGCACUUGCAUUAAUACUGUUACGGACCAACGUGUCACAAUUUACACUAGAUAUAGUACACUAACACAUACAUACUAUACAUUGAUUUCAGUUAAUACAUUAUGCAAAUAAUCUGAUCAUUGUGUUCACUAUAGUUUGAUGCUGAAACUACCACAAAAACUGCCACUUGGUUAUUUUUGUUGAUCCCAAGCAAAAUCAAAAAAAUUUUUCCAGGAAAAGAUGUUAGCUCACGUAUACGGAAAGUUUGUGGACACUGAACAGUUAACAAAAAGCAGCGGGUUGGGUUUCAAAUGAGUCAUAGUUAAGUCAAAGCAAUGAAUAAAAGCAGCCAUUCAGUUUAAGACCUCACAGUGAACCUCUGCUCACACAACAUAAGAAUUUUAAGUACACGUAUAUUGAACUUUUUUUUUCUGAAAGCACUUAUGAUUUCUUUGUUUUGUACAAUGUUUAUGUUGGUUUGUCGUAAAUGCAUAGAAAGCAUUAGUUAGUAUCUGUCUCCUAGCUGUAUGUUUGAGUUGGAACAUGUAUAUAAUUUCUUUUCUGCAAAGUUUACUAUAGUAAAACAUACAUUUGACAUGCGUACAUAACCCCUGCCACCUGACAGUACAGUUCUCUGACUCCUGUCUGUGAAAGAAACUGCAUUACCUCUGUUUAACUGCUUGGUUUUUCUUGCCCUGGCAGACCUGUUACAACUACAGAAAAGUCACAUUCUGCUCAGGAGAUCAAAUAGAUCAAAUGCAUAAGAGCAAUGGAAAUGUUAAACACUAUACUGUGACACAUUUAUGAUCAAUGCUUCUUGAUGAGAAUGUAGUGUCAUCUUGCUUUUUCUGCCUUUUUCGUAAAGAAUCCUUUGGUCACUGUUCAAACCUGCUGGCCUGUGAAGAACAAAAAUCUCAAGAGCUUCCUUCAAUAAUUCUGGCCAAAUCUGCGACUUAACACUGCAAUAUGUAAAUGCCUUCUCUCUUAAAUUGCUGUAUUAAAACCAUGGAUUCAACCAA